AUGUCCUGGAUUUUUCUAUGUAUUGGCCUAGCGGUCCUGACAUCUGUUAGAGCAGAUAACCCUCUAUGGAUAUCAGAAAUAGAAGAAUUCUCAGACAUAUCCGAUCGCAUUGUUUCAAGAAACGCGGAUAGCGUUUACCGCUUACCACAAAAUGUAGUACCUUUAGAGUACGAUAUUUAUAUUGAUCUAUAUUUUGCUGAAGCUGUUGAUCGGCCCUUCAGCUUUGAUGGAAGAGCAUCUAUUAUCAUUCAGGCUACAGAAGCCAAUGUUCAGAGCAUUGUUUUGCAUUCCAAUGUGGACAUGAUAAAUUCGGUCAAACUUACCGCUGAUAAUGGCGAUGAAGUAUUACUUAAUGAAAAUGAAAGUUUCACAUUAGAACCUCAGUAUCACUUCUUAAAGAUUAAUCUACAGCAGCCAUUAGCCGAAGAACAAAAUUACACUCUAUUUAUUAAUUAUACUAAUACCAUGAAUGAAGGCCCAAUGAAAAGAGGUGUAUGGAAAGGAUGGUAUAUAGAUGAUGAUGGGGUUGAAAGAAUAUACGCCGCAACACACUUCCAGCCUUAUAGUGCGAGACAAGCUUUCCCGUGUUGGGAUGAACCAUUAUUUAAAGCAGUUUUCAAACUUCAUUUGUCUAAGCCAUCAGGAUACAGUGGAACUUUCUCCAACACGGGUAUCGAACGAAGUGAAAACAUUGAGAACGACAGAGUACGCGACCACUUUUCCGCAACACCUGUCAUGUCUUCGUACCUAGUUACAUUUUUGGUUAGUGAAACUUUUCAAGCUAUUGCAAGUAAUACAUCUUUCACUCCCGCCAUAAGAGUCAUUGGUAGAUCUAACACUGCAGGCUUAGGAGACCACGCUCUAGAUCUAGCUGUAAAAAUGACUGAAUAUUUUGAUGACUACUUCAAGAUCCCAUAUUCAAGUCUUCACCCAAAUUUAUUAAAUGAUCAUAUUUCUUCGCCUGAUUGGGCAUCAGCUGGAACUGAAAAUUGGGGUAUGGUCAGCUAUAGAGAUAAAAAUGUAUAUAAUGUUUAUAGAGAAUUGUACUUAAUAAUUGAUCCUCGUGAGACAAUAAUGUCAGUUGAACAAUAUUCUGCGACACUUGUAUCGCACGAACUGGCUCAUAAGUGGUUCGGCAAUCUAAUCACUUGCUACUGGUGGAGUAAUACAUGGAUAAAUGAAGCAUUUGCCAGUUACUUCGGAUAUAUAGCUGCGCAUGAGAUGUUUCCGCGAUAUGAAUUAAAUGAACACUUUGUCUCUCGCUAUACUAAGAAUAGCUUGUCAUUUGACUCUGGGGUGUCAACAGUUCCUCUUAAUCAUGAUGUCAACACACCAGCCCAAGUCACCGGUCACUUUGGUACAAUUAGCUAUUCUAAAGGUGCUGCAUUCCUUCGAAUGCUGGUUAGCAUGAUUACACCUGAAACAUUCCAAAAAGCUUGUCAAUACUUCUUAAGAGACAAUCCUUACAAAGCAACGGACCAAUAUGAUUUGUUCAAAGCCUUUGCCCAAGCUAUAGAGGAGGAUCGAAGUCUAACCGAGUACUCUAACUUUAAUUUCACGGAAUUUUACCGUAUUUGGGUCAAUGAGGCAGGAUAUCCUCUGCUUACAGUGGAGGUGGACUAUACAAACGGUGAAAUGACAUUGACACAGGAAAGAUUCUUCCUUAGUUCCACAGCAAGCCCAACAGAUCAAAUCUAUCCCAUACCUAUCACUUAUACUACAAAAUCUAAUCCAGAUUUUACAACAAUCAGACCUAAGUACAUGUUCACAAGUAAAAAUGCUGUACUCCAGAAAGAAAUAGCUGAAGAGUGGGUUAUUUUCAACGUACAACAUUAUGGACACUACAGAGUUAACUAUGAUGUUAAAACUUGGAAUUUAAUAUCACAGGCUUUGUUGGACGAUCCGGAAUCUAUUCAUUACUUAAACCGGGCCCAAAUCGUAGAUGAUGUAUUUGCAUUGAUGAGAUCACAAAAGAUUACGUACAGCUUUGGCUUCAGGAUUAUAAGGUUCCUUCGUUAUGAAGUCAAUUACCACGUAUGGAACUCCGCAAUUACUGGGUACAAUUGGUUAAGGAAUAGAUUGCGUCAUCUUCCUGAGAGUCAGGCUACGUUUGAUUCAUACCUUCUAAGUUAUAUGGAGAAUGUAAUCCAGGCAGUAGGCUAUGAGCCAGAAUCGGAUGAAACUGUCACCGUGAGCUUACUACGUCAAGAGAUCUUGCAUUUAGCUUGUACGCUUGGACAUGAUAUAUGCAAUCAAGACUCGGAAAAUAAAUUUAUUGCAAUGAAAAAUGAAAGCACUUGGGUCGAUCCUCGAAUCCGUCGUCACGUUUAUAUGGCUGGGCUUAGACAUGGCGGAGUGGAAGAUUUUGAAUUUUUACUAAACAGGCUUACUAGCUCAAAUUUCGCUAACGAUCAACUUGAAAUACUGAGAGGAUUGGCUGCAACUAGGGAUUCUACAUUACUGAUGAGAUACUUAGAACUUACCUUAUCUAACUCUGUUCGCUCGCAUGAUAAAGUAAACUCAUUUAACUACGCUCUGCUCGGGAACAGAGAGAAUGCUUACACUGUAUUGCAGUUUGUCAAGAGUAAUAUCGAUGCUAUGAGACGAGCUUAUGUUGAGGAUGCUCCUGCUAACCCUGUACACUCGGCCCUUUCAAAUCUUGCUGCGUAUCUCGAAGAAGAUGCUUUGGUAGAGUAUGAAUCAUGGCUACGAAGUACUCAGAGCAACACAUUACAAUUUAACACUGCUAUAUCAGCUAUACAAUCAGCACGAAACAAUAUGGCUUGGGGUACCGCAAAUGCAGAUACCAUAUUGAGUGCAGCAAGAGAUGGCGCUACGAGUGUUAUUAUUUCAACUGUUUUAUUAUCUGUCAUGGCGAUAUUUGCAAUUAACGAUCAGAACAGCACGAUGACGGCUCUUCUAAAGCUGGUUUCAUUAGUAGUAUUAAUAGCACUAGUGAAAUCCGACUUUCCAAUUGAUAUCGAAGAGCAAGUUCUCCGAAGCAAUGAAGGCGAUGAAAAUUAUCGUCUACCUGAAGAUUUAGAUCCUAUUCACAUAACAGCUGAAAUAACACCAUACUUUGAAGCUGAAGGAAAUAAAGAAGCGUUUACUUUUGACGGAGUUGUAUCACUGAUAGUUCGAGCCAAGUCUAACAUUUCAUCACUUAUAAUUCAUGAAAAUGUUAAAGAUAUUGUAUCAGUAUUUCUUGUAAAUGAAAGUAAUGCUGAAGUACGGUUGAAACCUGGAAAUGAGUUUGAAAGGAUAAGUGAGUACCAUUUCUUGAAAGUUAACUUAGACGAUGGUUUAGUGUUGACUCCAAACCAUGUGUACACGUUGACAGUUGUGUAUGUUGGUAACAUUAAUGAAACACCAUUGAGUCGAGGUGUUUUUAGAGGGAGCUACAAAGACAGCGAUGGAAAAAUUCACUGGUAUGCAGCUACACAUUUACAACCAACUAAUUCGAGGCAAGCAUUUCCUUGCUUAGAUGAACCAGGAUUUAAAUCAACUUUUGACAUUAUAAUCAAUCGACCAGAACAUUUCACUGAGACCUUCUCAAAUAUGGCCAUAAAGGAACAAAUGACAAUAGGAAAUCGUAGAAGAGAAAUCUUUCAUACCACACCAAGAAUGUCUGCGUACUUGGUCACUUUUCAUAUUAGCGAAGACUUUAGAGUCAUUGCCAAUAACAACAAUAAUACAGCUUCUUAUCGCAUCUUGGCCCGACCGAAUGCUCAAGGUCAAGGACAAUAUGCUUUGGAAGUAGGUGUGCCAUUGACAACGUGGUUGAGUGAUUAUCUAAACAUUGAAUAUUAUAAGAUGGAUGAGAAUAUAAAAAAUGAUCAAAUUGCUUGCCCCGAUUGGGCAUCUGGUGCAACUGAAAACUGGGGAUUGGUGUCUUACAGGGAGCUACGUUUACUGUAUGAAGAAGGACAGACUAAUGCUCUAGAUAAGAUGUCCAUUGGUACGAUUACUGCACACGAGCUAGCUCAUAAAUGGUUCGGCAACCUCAUAACUGCCAGAUGGUGGGAUAAUGUUUGGAUAAACGAAGGUUUCGCCAGCUACUUCGAAUAUUUUGCUAUGGAUGGUGUCGAUCCUUCUAUGGAACUAAAUGAUCAAUUCAUUAUCCGAUACUUGCAAAGUGCCUUAACUAGUGACGCCUCAGCUGCUACACGAGCUUUACAGCAUACCGUCAACUCUCCAGCCCAAGUUACUGGCCAUUUCAGUGGAAUUAGCUACACUAAAGGAGCUUCCAUGCUUCUAAUGCUAAAGCAUUUCUUGGGUGAACCUACUUUUAAGAAGGCUUUAAAUUAUUUUCUACUUGACAGAUCUUUUGAGUAUGCUCAUCCACAAGAUCUUUACAAUGCUUUCGCUAAAGCUCUUGAAGAAGACAAAACUGUAGAUACAGAUAUAGCACGAUUCAUGAGAUAUUGGGUAGAAGAACCAGGCUACCCAUUGCUAAAUGUAAACCAAAAUAUGGACACUGGUGUUAUAAGUUUAUCUCAGUCUCGUUUCUUCAUAAGCCCAUCAACACAACCAACAGAUCAGGUGUGGCCGUUACCCCUUACAUUUACAACGGGUAAUAACCCAGAUUGGAAUAAUUUAACUCCGUCGCAUGUUAUGUGGGAUAAGACAAUGGAAAUUCAAAAAGAGCCAGGACAAGAGUGGGUGAUAUUUAACAUACAACAAAAAGGUAUAUAUCGUGUCAACUAUGAUACCCGCACUUGGGAAAUGAUCGCCGAUACUCUAAACAAUAACGGCUCCAGUAUACAUCACUUAAAUAAAGCACAGAUUGUUAGUGACGUUUUUGCACUUAUGCGAUCAGAGCACAUAUCAUACGAACUUGGCUUUAAAGUUCUAGAUUUCCUUAAGGAAGAUACAAAUUACUAUGCUUGGUUCCCAGCGAUAUCUGGUUUUACUUGGAUUAGAGAAAGAUUCAUUCACCUACCUGAAACUUUAAAGGAAUUUGAUGAAAUCUUGUACAAAUUCCUUGACGCAGUAGUCUCAGAUUUAGGAUACGAUGUCCAAUCCGGGGAACCCUUUACUAGAACCUUACACAGAUUCCACAUCCUUGCUUUCGCAUGUGAGAUCGGCCAUGAAGGUUGUGUCAACAAUGCUAUCACAAAGUUCAAUGCCCUAAUGACUAAUCAGAACAGCGUCGACCCUAAUUUAAGGAGGCACGUUUUCUGCCGUGGAGUUCUGAACGGUGGUUACGAUGCAUGGAAAUUUAUUUACGAGCGUAGAUUGAACUCUAACAACCAAGCUGACGAAGUUGCUAUGUUAAGAUCCUUGGGCUGCACUACUGAUGAAAAUGCUAUACAAGAAUAUCUUGAAAUGAUUCUGAGCGAUGACGUCAAAGCUCAAGACAGCGCUAAUGCUUUAACAUUCCUUUUUAUGGGCAAUAGAGGAAAUGCAAGAGUUGCAUUACCAUUUUUCAAGGAAAAAGUGGAGGAAAUUAGAAAAAAAGUUGCUCUUCCAACAUGGUUUGACAGUGUACUAAGUAAUUUAGCCAGUUACAUGGAAGAGGAAGGUCUGGCUGACAUGGAAGAAUGGCUUAGAGCUAACCAAGGGACGAUACCAAACUUCCAAGUGGGUUUGAAUGCUAUAUCAUCAAGACGCACCGUUAUGCAGUGGGGAAGAGAUAAUGCCGAAUCCAUACUUAGAGCGGCGAGAAUCAACACUACAGUCAUGUUACGGCAAACCUUCCAAUUGAUGGUGAUAUGUGGCCUUAUUGGAUCUGUUUAUUUAGAUACUAACUAUAGAUUGAAUACCAGUAUAACACCAUCUUCUUAUGCCAUAACAAUAACACCAUACUUUGACACUGAGGACAGUAGAGCAUUCACUUUCGAUGGGGAAGUCCUUAUAACAUUUACCACUGAUAAAAAUAUCAACAAAAUUAAACUCCACUCUCAGGACUUGAUUUUUAACGCUUCGACUAUUUUCUUAAAUAGUGAAACAGGUUCUGUUAAUUUGAAUUCAACUAAUCCAUUGGAAUAUGAAGAACUCUACACAUUCACUCAUAUAAACUUGGAAAAUGAUAUAACACCUGGAGUGGAGUAUACCUUGAGGAUAGUUUAUACAGGGCCAAUAAGAACUGACUUAAAUGGUUUCUACAGGAACUACUACAUCGAAAAUGGAGUUAAAAAAUGGUUAGGUGCAACACAAAUGGAACCUACGCACGCCAGAAAAGUAUUCCCAUGUUUCGAUGAGCCGGAAUUAAAAGCAGUAUUUAUAUUAACCAUCGAUAGGCCCAAAGACUACCAACCAUCAUUAGCAAAUACAAAGCUACAAAGUAAAAUGGAGCUUACUAAUGGAUAUAUCCGUGAAAUAUUUUAUCCAACGCCAAAAAUGUCCACUUAUCUCGUUGCCUUUUUGGUGUCAGAAAUGGAAGCAGGUAGAAGUGUGACGAACGGAACAAAUGAAUUUGCAGUGUAUAGUAGACCCGAAGCAAAAAAUCAAAGUGAAUAUGCAUUCGAUUUUGGUCUAAGAGUAGUUCAAGCUCUUGGAGAUUAUUUUGGUAUCGAUUAUUAUUCGACAAAUGUCUAUUUAAAACUUGAUCAUAUUGCUUUACCUAACUUUAGAGCUGGUGCUAUGGAGAAUUGGGGACUUGUUAAAUACAGGGAAUCUUUAUUAUUAUAUGUGCCAGAAGAAUCCACGCCCUACUAUAAAUAUAGAGUUGCUCAAAUUGUUGCCCACGAAACAACCCAUAUGUGGUUUGGUAAUUUAGUAACGUGCCACUGGUGGAGCAAUACAUGGCUUAACGAAGGUUUUGCCAACUACUUCCAGGAUUACAUCACAGCCAUGAUAGAGCCAGAUGUUGGAGCAGGUGACAUGUUAGUUAUUGGCUCAGUGCACGUAGCAUAUACUGCGGAUGAAGACCCGGAAUCUCCCGCAAUUACAAAUAACGAUGUAAAUUCUCCAGCAGAAAUCAGCGGCCACUUUGGUACAAUUACAUAUCAAAAGGCAGGUUCAGUGAUACGAAUGAUCCACCAUUUAAUAGGAGAUGAAGCUUUUAAGUAUGGCUUAAAUGCUUACCUGACGGAAAAUCAAUUCGAAUCUGGAUAUCCCGACAAAAUGUAUUCCGCUCUCAGCAAAGGUGUAGCUAACUACGGUUCAAUGUCUGACUACGCUGGCUAUGACCUAACAGGUGUUAUGAGUUCUUGGAUAUCACAAUCUGGUCAUCCCGUAUUAAAUGUAGCAGUUAAUUAUGAAAAUUCUACUAUUGAAUUAAACCAGAAACGUUUCUAUAUUAAUUCCUCGCAUUCUUCUGAUGAAAUCUACAAAAUACCUAUAACUUAUACAUUAAAUUCUGCUUUGAAUUUUGAAAAUACCAAACCUGCUUUCAUAAUGGAUAAUAAAUCAUACGUUUUGAACAUACAAGAAAUAAAAGAAAAUCAUAGUUGGCCCAUAUUUAACAUACAAGAAUCAGGUUUUUAUAGAGUAAAUUAUGACUCGAUGACCUGGCAACAUAUAUCAGAAUAUUUAAAAUCAAGUCAACGUGAAAAGAUACAUCAUUUAAAUCGUGCAAAGAUUGUUAAUGAUUUAUUUGCGCUGUUUCAAGCAGAUGUAGUUAAAUUUGAUCUCCUUAAUAAUGUUCUUCAUUUCUUGGAAAACGAAACGGAAUACGCAGUUUGGUACGCGGCAAUAAAUGGAUUGAAAAAUUUAAGAAAUCAUUAUCUGGGUUCUGAUACUUUAAGUCUAGUUGAUGAAUUUGCUCUACACUUAAUGGAUAACAUUAUUAGUAAUUUGGGCUAUGAAGUAAGAUCAUCGGAUGACUUCUCCAUCCUCAGUACAAGAAUGCUAGUGCUAGAAUUUGCCUGCAAAUUGGGACACGAGGGAUGUUUGAAAAAUACUUUGGCGUUAUACAGAGAUUUUAAGGAUAAUGGAAAAUGGAUUCAGCCAAGUUUGCGACCUGUGUCGUAUUGCACUGGUUUACGGUUUGGGACCGGUGAGGAUUAUGACUUCCUUAAGAAGAGAAUGUCCACUACCAACGUUGCUAAUGAAGCCAGAAUCAUUGGUGAUAUAUUGGGCUGUACUUCCGAUAAGAACAAACUUAACAGUUACUUAGUCUCUAUGCUAGAGGAAAACAGUCCUAUACAGGAACAAGAUCUAACGGUACCUUUAGCAAGCGUUCUUUCUAACUACACCAAUGUGAAUGUGGUGUUAGAAAGUUUCCAACGGAACGUUUCUCUUUGGCAUUCAAUUUAUCCGUCAAUGGACUCCAUACUUUCUACCAUCGCGUCAGCACUUCAUACUCAAGAAGAUUUCGAAAAGUUCGAAAGCUUGCUAUCAUCAUGUUCGGAAUGCAAUGAACAAGCCGUGACAAGUGCAAGAACAGCUCUGGCUAAGGCCAUGAAAGUGACAGAUUGGGCUGAGGAACACAAAAGUGACAUAUUGAGCAACCUCAGAAGUGACGCUACAAUGGUUUCAGCAUCGUUCUUAGUACUAGUUGCUGGUGUUAUUACCCUGGUCAAUGGUUUU